AGUAUGGCUACGAGUGACAAUAUGUCUGGACCUCUUGAGCAAUCUGUUCAGCCAGGUCUAGAAAAAUCUAACACUGAUAACUUUGAUGGUGAGAAGAAAACAAGGAUUGGGUCUCUCAAGCAAAGGGCAAUUAAUGCCUCAAGUAAGUUUAGGCAUUCCUUGAACAAAAAGGGAAGGAGAACCAGCAGAGUUAUGUCAUUUGCAUUUGAAGAGGAGCGUGAUGCAGAGGAAGUACAGGCAGUGGAUCAACUACGCCAAACCCUAAUCCUUGAAGAAUUGCUACCUGAAAAGCAUGAUGAUUAUCACAUGCUGCUAAGAUUUUUGAAGGCUAGGAAAUUUGAUACUGAAAAAACAAAACAGAUGUGGACUGAUAUGAUUCAAUGGAGAAAGGAAUUUGGUGCAGACACCAUUAUGGAGGAUUUUGAGUUCAAGGAGAAAGAUGAGGUGCUUGAGUACUAUCCACAGGGACAUCAUGGGGUCGACAAGGAUGGACGACCUGUUUAUAUUGAGAGACUUGGAAAAGUUGAUCCAGUCAAGCUUCUGCAGGUCACAACAAUGGAGCGCUACUUGAAUUACCAUGUGCAGGAAUUUGAGAGGGCCUUCAAUGCCAAGUUCCCAGCUUGUUCAGUUGCUGCAAAAAGGCACAUCGACCAGAGCACAACUAUUCUGGAUGUUCAAGGAGUGGGACUGAAACAAAUGAGCAAAACUGCAAGAGAGCUUAUUCAACGCAUUCAGAAGGUUGAUGGCGACAAUUAUCCAGAGACCCUGUGUCGCAUGUACAUUAUUAACGCAGGUUCUGGUUUUAGGAUGUUAUGGAACACUGUUAAAACAUUCCUGGACCCCAAGACAUCUGCGAAAAUUCAAGUUCUGGGCAACAAAUAUCAGAGCAAAUUGCUUGAAGUAAUUGAUACCAGUGAGCUGCCAGAAUUUUUGGGUGGUACGUGUACUUGUGAAGACAAAGGUGGAUGCAUGAAAUCUGAUAAGGGCCCGUGGAAUGAUCCUGAAAUAAUGAAGAUAGUUCAGAGUAGUGUAGCCAAAUCAAAACCCUGCAUUCCCGCUGUUGAUGUGAAAACAAUUUCUGAGGAUGAGAGUGCAAGUCAAGAGAGUACGAAGAAAUGUAACUCUUUCAAGCCAAAAGCAGCACAGCCGCAACUCUCCAUUGUUCGAAAGCAAGCUCCUAUCCACGAAAAAGACUUGCUUCUUCCACUUGUUGACAAGGCCAUGGAUGCAACUUGGGUUAAAUCUGUACAAGGGGCCUUUCCAAAAGAUUGUUUCACUGAAGAUGGUAUUCACAAGACUUAUGAAGGAGGAAGCAAUCAGAUUUUCACCGGGGUUAUGACCUUUGUGAUGGGCAUUGCCACUUUGAUCCGCUUGACAGGCAACAUGCCAAGGAAGCUUACAGCUGCAUCCCUCUAUUCUAAUUCCAUGUUCGGUGUUGAGCCAGAUAUGAGACCGCACCAGUUACAGGCCCCCGCAGUCUCCAACAAUGAGUUUUUGGCAGUCACAAAGCGCAUGGGUGAACUGGAGGAGAAGGUGACUGUUAUAAGCAACAAACCUGCAGUUAUGCCACCCGAAAAAGAAGAAAUGCUGAAGGCUGCCCUCAAUCGCGUUGACGCACUUGAGCAAGAGCUUUCAGCAGCAAAGAAGGCUCUCGAGGACGCCCUUUCCCGACAAGAAGAGAUCCUAGCCUACAUUGACAAGAAGAAGAAAAAGAAGAGUAUUUUUGGUUUCUAACCUCCAUCCAUUCAACUAAUGCAGUUUUCAAAGUCACAACUACUAUUAGUACUGUGAUUGGAAGGGGAUAAGGGUCCAUCCAAGUGCUGUAAACCUGUUUGCAAUAUAUAUAUAUAUAUAUAGUUGUAAUACGUACGUUAUAUUGAAACUGGCUGCAAGAGUUAAUUUCAGAGCCCAGAAA